AUGAGACAUACAAACCCAUUUUUUAGAACUUUUUUUUUUUAAAAAAAAAAAAAAAAAGGAUCCCUACCAACCACUUGUGGGACGUUUCUUGCCAGUGUUGAGACCAAUACACAAGACCAGCCCAGUCCCUCUCCUGGAGCCCAGGUGUUCCUCUUCUGCACACAAACCCUUCAAAAACCGAAGAUGACAACAGAUAUGAUAGAGUGCAAUAACACCAAAUCCAGUGCUCCCCUCCUCACCCAAAGAUACCUGCGGAUGGUGACCAAGGAUGGACACAGCACACUCCAGAUGGAUGGCGCCCAAGGAAAAGGUCUGGCAUACCUCCGAGACGCAUGGGGAAUAUUAAUGGACAUGCGCUGGAGAUGGAUGAUGCUUGUCUUUUCUGCUUCUUUUGUCAUUCACUGGCUAGUCUUUGCUGUGCUUUGGUAUUUGCUGGCUGAGAUGAAUGGGGACCUGGAGCUGGACCACGAUACUCCACCUGACAACCACACUAUAUGUGUCAAGUACAUCACCAGUUUUACAGCUGCUUUCUCCUUCUCACUGGAGACACAACUCACAAUUGGUUAUGGCACUAUGUUCCCAAGCGGGGACUGUCCCAGUGCUAUUGCACUGCUUGCAAUACAAAUGGUCCUGGGGCUCAUGCUGGAAGCCUUCAUCACAGGUGCUUUUGUGGCAAAGAUUGCUCGGCCAAAGAAUCGGGCGUUCUCCAUCCGUUUCACCCGCUCUGCCGUAGUGACACACACCGAGGGGAAGCCAUACCUCAUGUUCCAGGUGGCCAACACACGCUCCAGCCCACUGACUAGUGUCCAGAUUUCUGCUAUACUUUACCAAGAACAAGAGAAUGGGCAGCUGCACCAAACGAGCGUGGACUUCCACCUAGACAGCGUUACUUUGAAUGAGUGUCCUUUUUUCAUCUUUCCACUGACCUACUACCAUUUAAUCACUUCAUCCAGCCCUCUGGCUGCUCUCCUCCAGAAAGAAGCUGCUCACCAUUUUGAGCUGGUUGUCUUUCUGUCAGCUGUGCAGGAGGGCACAGGAGAAACGUGUCAAAGGAGAACAUCCUACCUCUCCUCAGAGAUCAUGCUGCACCAUCACUUCGCCUCCCUGCUAGCACGCAAUGCCAAAGGUGAAUAUCAGAUCAAGAUGGAGAAUUUUGACAAGACUAUUCCUGAGCUCCCAGCUGCAGCUGACUCAAAGAGUCCAAAAAGGACUGACAAGGAGAUCCGCAUCAAUGGACAGCACGCCGACAGCUUCCAGCUCUCUGAGACUGGCCUCACAGAAUAGAGAGAACAGACUUUGAACUUUGUGCUUUUAUAAUUAUUAUUACAUUAAAUUUUCAGGUUUCAGUUAAAAUCUUCCUUCCUUGCCUGCCCUGCCAUCCUCUAGUGAUCUUUCUCUUGUACACUCAUCCUUUUGAUUACAACAUGAUACACAGAGUAAAAUCUUCUGUGCCCAUGUAAACUGAGGAAAGGCUGGAUUAACCACCCAGGACAAGUCAGGUACAAGAAUCACAGUACUAAUUCUUGGAUAUUAAAAAAGAGCUACCUGCUGAAUUCACCAGACUAUGAUUAAAGCCGCACUGACUCUGAAUGAAAAGACCUUCAAAACUCCCAAAGCUAACCAAAAAUCAUAAUUGACCAGCUUGUGCCAAAAUGGACAACAAUACAAAGAAAAAGCUCGGUCAAAACCAAUAUGGGGUAAUAAGUAACAAUAUUAGUUCUGAGAUAAGCAACACUGUUUAUUCAAGAUCUUAAUUUUUCUGUUCUUUUAACUCUUUGGGAAUACAGAGUUGUAUCAGUUUUCAGAUGGCUGAAUUCAGUCUUAGAAAGUACUGCCAAGCUCUCAUGGCAGUGAAAAGCACUCCUGCUGUGCUUAAUGAGCAAAAUUGUAAAUACUAACUGUAGUUCUUCAUUCUGCCAAAUAAGAGAACAUCUCAUUUCAAGACAUGUCUAUGAAGACACUAUCAAAAAAAUCUUGAUGUCUAUGACAAAUGUCACAGUGGAAAUUUUUUUCAUAUUUGGAAACACUGAAUAAAUUAUUUAGCAAUGGAAAACAGACUGUUAUAAAUGAAUUAAUGUACUUUUUAAAAAAAGAACCAUACAUUCCACAUGUUCUCACCUUUGCGCUGCUUGUCUCAAGUAGAUCUGACAUGAGUAGAACUGAAUCCAUUUAUAUUUUAUGCUUUUUAACAUCAAUAUUUGCCUGUACACACAGCACAAA